UUUUUGGCUGCUGCGGCUGGCGGGACGCUGGGGGUGGCCUAUGGAGAUGGAGACGGCGCAGGUCUGGAGGCCGGUAGUAGCCGGAGCAACCCUCCACGUCAAGCCUCUGCUCCCGAGUUUCUGAGUGACCUGUUUUGGGGGGAUGACCCUGGGAAUCUCUAGUGGGCAGCAAGAUCCAACGGCAAGCAGAUGGAGCACUACCGGAAAGCUGGCUCUGUGGAACUCCCAGCACCUUCCCCGAUGCCCCAGCUACCUCCUGAUACCCUGGAGAUGCGAGUCCGAGAUGGCAGCAAAAUCCGAAACUUGCUGGGGCUGGCACUGGGUAGGUUGGAGGGCGGCAGCGCAAGGCAUGUGGUAUUCUCAGGUUCUGGCCGGGCUGCAGGGAAGGCUGUCAGCUGUGCUGAGAUUGUCAAGCGGCGGGUACCAGGCCUACACCAGCUUACCAAGCUGCGCUUCUUGCAGACUGAAGAUAGCUGGGUACCAACCUCACCCGAUACAGGCCUAGAUCCCCUCACAGUGCGCCGACACGUGCCUGCAGUGUGGGUACUGCUCAGCCGCGAUCCAUUGGACCCCAAUGAGUGUGGCUACCAGCCUCCAGGGGCACCCCCUGGCCUGGGCCCCGCACCUAGCUCCAGCUGUGGCCCCCGACCCCGAAGAAGAGCUCGAGACACCCGGUCCUGAAGACCUGCUGAGCAAGCUGUUCUCCAGGCUUGAAUGUCUAGGAUGGCUGUGCCUUCUUUGAGAAGCCUCUAUAACUGUUCAACAUCCUCAACAAGACUUGAAUCCACAGAAGUGGGCCUUUUUGUUCUGCUUCCCCUUCUCUCUGCUAUGAAGAGUGACAGGUGUGCGGUCUCUGCCAUGUUCUGGAUUGCUUAAGAAGGGCUUACUUUGCCUUCCAUCUACCAUUGCCUCUGAUCUGCUUUAUGACAGAGGUGCAGGGAGUAUGUUUGGAAAUAAAGGUUUGUCUAAUGAG